AUGGCAGCAACCCCUAAAAAAGAUACCGCCGAGCCUAAGGGCGCUUGGUAUCAAGAAAUUCGAUGGAGUAGUGUCAUUACUUUGAUAUUUAUCCCUGUGUAUGGGUUCACCCAAGCCUUGUGGGUGCCGUUGACGCUGAGGACCCUUCAGUGGUCACUUGUCUAUUAUGUGGCAACUAUGGUCGCUGUCACAGCAGGAUAUCAUCGGUUGUGGUCCCAUAGGUCAUUUGUUGCUCAUGCACCUCUGAGAUUGAUCCUAGCGGCCCUUGGGGCCGGGUCCAUGUUGGGAUCUGCCUUCUUUUGGGCUCGAAAACAUCGAGAGCAUCAUCGCUAUACUGACACCGAGCUUGAUCCAUAUGGUAUAAAUAAGGGAAUACUGCAUGCACAUAUAUUGUGGACCAUGGUCAAGGAACCAAGUAAGAAUAUUCAGGUGGAUGUGUCUGAUCUAAAGAAGGAUCCGAUAGUAGCUUUCCAGCAUAAGUACUACGUACCUUGCACGAUCUUCAUGAGUUGGGUCUUUCCUACUCUUGUCGCUGGAUAUGGGUGGAAUGACUGGUUUGGAGGAUUUAUCUAUGCCGGAAUUCUGCGCACUUUCUUUGUCAACCAGGGAAUUUUCUGUCUCAAUUCAUUAGCUCAUUCCUUCGGAGAGCAACCGUACGACGACCGACGCAGCCCUCGCAACCACUGGUUUACCGCCAUUGUUACUCUUGGUGAGGGCUACCAUAACUUCCACCACGAGUUCCCAUCCGACUAUCGCAAUGCUAUUAGGUGGUAUCAAUUCGAUCCCACAAAAUGGGUUAUUUGGCUAUCUAGUCUCUUUGGCAUGGCGGACAACCUGAAACGCUUUCCUCAGAAUGAGAUUGGGAAGGGAGAAAUCCAAAUGGUUCGGAAGCGUAUAGACACUCAGAGCCGUCAAUACAACUGGGGGCCAGCCAUCGAAGACCUCCCAAUAAUGGAAUGGGAUGACUUUACCCAGACGAGCAAGAGUCCUGAUGGGCCGUCCCUCAUUGCUAUCGAAGGAGUCAUCCAUGAUGUCUCUAACUUUAUUGAAGAGCAUCCUGGCGGUAAGAACUUUAUCAAGUCAGCCAUCGGAAAGGACGCAACAGCUCUAUUCAAUGGAGGUGUAUACAAUCACGCGAAUGCGGCUCGCAAUCUGUUGGCUACUUUGCGAGUUGCAAUUCUAAGAGGCGGUGGUGAAGUUGACAUUUGGAAAAAGGCUCCUACAACGACUGAUGGGACCCCUACGAAGGCCGAUGGUUCGCUCGACUAA